GGGCAGCCGAGGCUCAUUGAUGCACGUGGGGAGCGAAGGCUGGACUGUGUGGUCCGUCCAACAGAUAAGCUCCUGUAGCUCAAAUUUCUGUAGAAGGUAAUGCUGUUAAUGCUCGAUGGGUAGAUUUGUUUCAAGUGAUUUUGCACAGAAAGAGCAGAGUCAUGCGUAGAGGUACGAGACACAGAGGGGGUUCUUAGAGAACUCCCAUAAAAGGUGUGGACAUGUGCAGCAUGCUCGCCGUCCCCAGAGAUUUCCGCUAAUAAAGGGACAGUAUUUAUAGAAGCUCUUUUCAAUGCAUCUCAUUAAUCUCGGACUAUCCACCCGAACGCCUGGACACCACACACUCCACACAGAGCAGAAGAAACAUAGAACAUCACAGAAGCAAUGUCUACCGAACGAUUCGACUGCCAUUACUGUAAAGACUCACUGCUGGGAAAGAAGUACAUCCUAAAAGAGGACACCCAAUACUGCACCAAGUGUUACGAGAACCUCUUUGCAAACUGUUGCGAGGGUUGUUCCUUACCGAUCGGGUGCAACAACAAGGAUCUGUCCUACAAGGAUCGCCACUGGCACGAGAACUGCUUCAAGUGCGGAAAAUGCAACCGCUCUUUAGCGGAGAAAGCGUUCGCUGUUAAAGACGACCUUCUGCUGUGCACCGAGUGCUACUCGAACGAGUACUCGGCUAAAUGCACGAACUGCACAAAAACAAUCCUGCCUGGCUCACGGAAAAUGGAGUACAAGGGGAACAGCUGGCACGAGACCUGCUUUCUGUGUCAGCGCUGCCAGCAGCCGAUAGGAACCAAGUCCUUCAUCCCCAAAGAUAGCAGCUACUUCUGCGUCCCCUGUUUUGAGAAGCAGUUCGCCUACCAGUGCUGCUCCUGCAAGAAAGCCAUUACUACUGGAGGGGUGACCUACAACGAUAAGCCGUGGCACCGUGAAUGUUUCACUUGCAUCGGAUGUAAGAGACAACUGGCGGGGCAACGCUUUACCUCCCGAGAGAACUACCCCUACUGUCUGGAGUGCUUCAGCAACCUGUAUGCUAAGAAAUGCGUCGGAUGCACCAAACCUAUAACUAGUCUGGCAGGAGCGAAGUAUGUCUCAUUCGAGGAGCGUCAAUGGCACAGCGAGUGUUUUACAUGCAUGCAGUGCUCUGUGUCGCUUGUAGGCCGCGGUUUCCUAACACACCGCGACGACAUCCUGUGCACUGACUGUGGACGCGAGAAGUGAUUUUGCGAAAGACUGGGAAAAAAAUCAAAAAAAUCAAAGCAAAACAGUUUUUUGAUCUGUGAUUCUCAGUGUUUUGCAUGUCUUCAGUGUUUGAAUGCUGUUGGGUUUCAUUGCUGUUUUUAAGCCCUGUUUGGAUUAGUUUUACAAAUAGAACCUGUGUAUCUCCAGGUGUAAAUCUUGCAUGUGGUGUGACAUUUCCGUUUCUAAUUAAUGUUAAGGUUCCUUUUUCAGCAACUUUGUCUAAUUUGAGUUAUUUGAAGAAAGAAAUCAAGGUUUCUAAUGAAUUUUUUGCUACACUCAGUUUGUGGACACCUCACCAUUCCACAUUUAGUCCCCAUUUGAUGUUAUAACAACCUCCUCUCUACUGGGAGGAUGUUCCUCUAGACUUUUGCAGUGUGCUUGGGGUCAUUUGUGCUCAUUCAGCCACAAUGAUGUAGAGUGAGUAUUCCUAGGAUGCAGUCAGUGUUUUAGUAGGGUUGAGAUCAGAGCUCUAUAGCAGGCCAUUCAAGAUCUUUCACUCCAAAGCAUGUAAAGCAUAUCUUCAUAGCGUUGGCCUCUGUCAGGUUUGGGUCUCCUGGUUUAAGUAGAAGGAAAAAUUUUAUGCCACCACGUCAAGACAUUUUAUGUGAUUUGGUGCCUUCAAUUUUGUGGCAACAGUUCGGGGAGGAACCACAUAUGGCUGGAAAACUGUCCCAAUACAGUACAUUUGUCCAAUAAGUGAAAAAAAAUUUAUACUUUAGAAAAAGAAUGUAUUUUUUGUACAUGGAGAUGUAAACUAGAGAUCAUCAUAAAGAUAAUUACUAUAAUCCCUAUGAGAUUUGGAGGAGUGACGACCUCAAAAACUGAACUUUGACCCUAAGCCCGUGGAACGUCCUUUGAUUCAGCUGGUUUUUAAUGUUUUUUUACAGUUUUACGUUUGAAUAGAAAUUGCUUAGUAGUGAUAUUUUGAUCUGAAAUGACAGCAAAUAGAAAUUGAAUGUGCAAAACCAUUGACGUUUAUGCCAUACUCAAAUAAACAGUUAUUUUUUGUUUGUUUGUUUGAAUUGAGUGGUCCCUUGUGAGUAUGUAAAA